AUGGCUGCAACACGAGUGGAAGCGCAACAAAGUGAUUCGAAGUAUGAAAAGAGCCAUGAAGACCAGCCGCAGGACAUUGUAUUUCAUAACGGUCGUGAAAAUGUGCGUGGAAUAAUUUUUUGCGAUAAUAAGUCGCAUUCGAAAUCUAAAAUAUCGGGACAAAAUAAUAUAGACGCGGAUAUGAGUCAAUACCGAUCGGACACUAGCACCGUCGUAUCUGUUCAAAACAGUGCGAACGAUGAGCAAAAUUCAGGCAAUUCCAAUCUGGAAAACAGUAAGAAAAAUCGUGAUGGCAAGUCAGUUAAACAUAAUUCUGAACAAAGUUCAUCCAGUGAUCAGCAUUGUACCAAAGUGUCAGACAGUGGUCAGAACAUGCAAAUGUAUAACAUUGGCUUGUCUGGUCGAGGCAGUUAUCACCCAGAUCAUAGAGGACCUGGUGCUCAUAUGCAAAGUAACGCAGAAAGUAGUGGCUUACCACAAAAUCCAUUCAGUCAUUUGAGACCUAUGAAUAGGCACAGUUUACAUAGUUCAAAACCUGUACCAAAUUCUCCAGUGAUGCCAUCAAGACCAAUGAGUGGUGCAUCUAGUGGCCCCCCUGGUAGUGGUGUUGCUAACAUACAACCAAAAUUGUUUUCUGGACAAAGUAUUUCACAGCAGACAGGCCCAACCCCUACACUGAACCAGCUGUUACAAUCGUCACAUCCUCUGCAACGACAUCAGAACAGUUACAGUGAAUUUGCCCUUCAAAAGACUGGUGAACAAGGACCUCCUGUGGGUACUUAUCAUCAAAUGUGGGCACCACACCAGUCGUCAGCAUCAUGUAACCCACAUUCUGUCUGUUACAGAGGCCAAGUAAGUGGUUCUACAAAUUUGUCAAUUAAUAAUGUACAGAUCACUGCAUCAGUGUUUUGUGAUUAG